GGCCCCCAGCCGCCCGCCCCCUCCCUGGCCUUUCUCCUUCGCCCCUUCUCCAUAGGGCAGGCCACCCACCCACCCCCCAGCCUGCAAUAGGAGCGCGCUCGGGACGCCUCUCCCGCGGCUGGCCGUCCGUCAAUGGCUCUUUGUGUCUUGUGGAGGGGGCGGGGGCGCUCGGGGGAAUCUCCACGCGCUUUCUGAGGGGGAUCGGCCCGGGGAAGUUCCGGGGAGGUGGGAGCGCGUGUCGGCAAAGCGAUCCGGGGCUGCUCUCCGCGCAGCGACAUCUGAUGCGUCGACUGCAAACGGCGAGGAAUUGUCCUUUGCUGAAGAGUCGGGCUUUAAAGUUUGCAGCCAAUGCAGGAAGAGGCCGCCUCCCUGCUGGGCGAGUGGCACGUUUUGCUCUGAGGAGGUGGCGGCGGCGGGGCUGGAAGAAUCCGCGCUUAUUAAUCUAGGGUUUGCAAAAGUUUUAUUUUUCCUUCCGAGAAGGCCCCUUGCUGGGUUGGAGCUGUCUUUCAGUGCAGACUUAGAUUGAACCGACUGAAUCUGUUCCAGAUUCACCCUACCUGAAGUUGUUUUUGUACCCGGAAUGGUUUCUUCUCCAGGCGACAUCUCGGACCUCUGUUGUCCUCAAGACCCCGCUGGUUGGGAGGGCGGCUCCUUGAGAAGAGAGCAAAUAUUAAUGUGGGAACAGAGAUGAAAUUCAACAAGAGGGUGGUAGAGCAGUUGAGUCUUUUUAUCUCAGAGCAGCCUGGACUCUUGAAGUGAUUGAAAGUUAUUUUUUAAAGCUGUUGACUGGAGGGGGGAGGGAGGGCUUUCCUUGAACCUAACAGUACACUAUUUAAAGGCCUCUGUGCACUUUGCCAAGGCAGAGUCAUGAAGAAGAUUCAGUUUUUGUCACCUCUGAAGGAUACCUGCCACUACCUGGACUAUGAUGAGAUCCUGAGUAAGUCCAACGUGGACUUUCCUGUGGUGAUGCGAGAUGACAGCAGUGACAUCGGGUCUGAUGCGUCCACCCAGCCCCGGAAGAAACGGAAGCGCUGCAACCUCUGUGUCCCAUGCCUGAGGACGGAAAAUUGUGGAACGUGCACCCACUGUGUGAACCGUGCCACCAGCCACCAGGUCUGCAAGAUGAGAAAGUGCGAGGCCUUGAAAAAGAAGAAGAAAUCUGGGGGUCUGAAACAGGUGGAAAUAAAGGACAAUAAAGAAACCAGGGAACAGGGACCGGUGCCAGCAGCAGAGACUGGUUCGGAGUGCAGCUCAGUUGAUGGACCCAAAACAGGCCAAAUGGAAGAAGGGUCAUUUAACCAUGUUGAAGAAAGAAGGCUGAAUGAGGGCAACAGACCUGACUUGGCAAAUGGUGGGAGGGAGCAAACAUCUGGAAGAGGGGCUAUGAUAAUGGAAGCAGGAACAUGGCUUGGCAGCCCACAUACCGACCAGAAAGCCAAUUGGGAAGGCAUGCCAGCUGACCGCAGCCAGGGUGAUUCUACCAAUGCCAACUUGGAGGAUGCUCAGAACCUGGUGGCCUUCUCCGCAGCCGCUGAAGCAGCCAUGUCUUCACAGGGGGUUGCGCCUCCAGAUUCCCCUUCUUUACUGAGUAUGCAGCUAUACGAAAGGUUUAAUGCCGAGAUGAAUCGGAGUGGUGCAGGGGAUGGUCUGGCCAUGCCUCCUUCUAACAGCUACCCUGAAGAUCUGAAUGCUCUGAAGGCUGCCCUUGCUCUGGCAAAACAUGGUAUGAAGCCACCCAAUUGCAACUGUGACGGACCUGAGUGCCCGGACUACCUGGAAUGGCUGGAGAAGAAGAUCAAGUCAGCUACUGGAGAGGACCAGAGUUGUGCCCCGCAGCUUCUCAACCAAGCUUCUGAAUCUCCCUUAGACCAUGGUGCUAAUCAAAAGCAGGUGCCUGCUGCAAGUGAGAAGCUGACUCUGUGCCCAUCGGACGCCCUUCCUUUUUCUCAAAGUGCACUGAAUAUUGCUAAGGAGAAGAACAUCAGCCUCCAGACAGCCAUCGCCAUUGAAGCCCUCACACAGCUAUCAUCGGUUCUUCCUGAGGCAGCCCAAGGGGCUCCGCCCCCUCCCCAGAGCCCUCAGCCAGUCAUGGCUUUCACCUCCAAGGAACAGCUGGUCCAGCCUUCCACCUUCCCGGCACAUAACCCUAAUUCGGUGCUAUCUGGGUCCAACGCUGAGCUGUACCAGAGGCAGGCCUCGAAAACAUAUGCCAACCAUGGCUUGCUCCAGUCUCCUGUGUCACUGGCUUCCUCCUCCUGGGAGCAGGGUACAAAACUUGCUCAGGAGAUGACUCCUUAUUGCCUUGAUCGCAACAAUGGCCACUUGGACACUUCAGGUCUGUUUCCCAACUGCACCUCCACCCCGCAAAAGGCAAGUUUCCCUGAGCAGUGGAGUGAAGAGAGUAAGUUCAAAAGCAACCUCUGGGGCCCAAACUCCAACCAAUCACCACCAGCCUUGGCCAGUGAUCCCAUGGCUGAACUGGAGCAGCUUUUAGGCACUGCCAGUAAUUGCAUCAAAACAAUGUUCAAGCGACCUGACGUGAUGCCUGGCAAAGUGAAAGCCAUCAAAACAAAGCAGGAGCAGCUAGCCCAGAAGGAGGGGAGCCCUGGCUACUCCAAGCCAGCCUCUUCGAGCCAGCAGUUGUCCCAGCUUCUGCAAGAGACAAACUUCCAUAAGAAGACUCAGAAGGUUCUGCAGCAGCACCUCCACCACAAGCGCAGCCUCUUCCUUGACCAGAACCUGCCUCAGGGAGACCCUCAGGAGCAGCUGCCAAGCUGGUGGGCUCCCAAGCCACAGGCCCAGCCUCAGAAAUCAGCCGAGAAGUCCCCCAAGGAGAGGAAGAAGAAGGUCCCAGCAGAAAAGGGUGCUCAGGUCAAACCAGUUCGUAAGCAGGUUCAGAUCAAAAAAUCCAAGCAGAAGGACUCUCAGCCCCUCUUCCUGCCUGCGAGACAGAUCAGCUUGGAAGAAUUCCGCUCAGCUGCCGCUUUGGAGCGCCUAACUAAAGAGAUGCCACCUGAACAGCUGCUCUCUGGGACCCCUACCAAGUGUCCUCUUUCUCCGUUUACAUCCAGCCCCGGAGACCUGUCUCCUUUGCAGAAGCUACUUGAAAACAGAAGUCCUGCUCCCAACUCUCAGGAAAUGUGCCAUCCCAGCCAGGAGGAGAGCCACUGCUACUACCCAGAGAAUGCUGCAUGCAAUUCCGCCUCCCUCAGCUCUCCUAUGCCAGGUUUUGCUCCAUGUUCAUUCACAGGUGCUUGCAGCAAUGGGCACGAGGAAGCUUUCCACAGGCCAAUAAACUCGACAGAUCAUCCUCUGUUCGCCCAUAAUCCCAUCCCGGCGGAUGACAAGUUGGAGGAACUGAUCAAACAGUUUGAGGCUGACUGUGGAGAAAAUUUCAGCUUGCAGAAUUCUGAGCUUCCAGCUCCAGUUCUGCCAUUACCAGCCCAGCCUCCUUCCGCCCCACAUCCGUUGUCUUCUUUGAGCCGUUCUCCAGAGCCUCCUGGCGGCUUGGAUUCAGCUGUCCAACCUUCAGCUGCUAACAAUUGCACACCGCCUUUGAUGGGCUCUCCCAAUGCGGGUUAUAAAAUGUUCUCUCUCUUGCCGGGCGCCGAGCAGCCUUUUGAAAACCCUUUUGUUGCUCGGUCGCCCAAGCAGAUAAAAAUUGAAUCUUCUGGUGCUAUUACUGUGGUAUCCACCACGUGCUUUUACUCUGAUGAAAACCAAAACACAGACACUGCUUCCAUGGAAGGGACCCCAACCAAGGAUCAAGUGCCACUCACACCUACUCUCAGUGGAUUUUUGGAAUCUCCCUUGAAGUACCUGGACACACCAACCAAAAGUUUGCUGGACACACCAGCCAAGAGAGCACAAGCUGAGUUCCCAACUUGUAACUGUGUGGAACAAAUAGUUGAGAAAGAUGAGGGGCCAUAUUACACUCACCUGGGGUCUGGACCUACUGUGGCAUCCAUCAGGGAACUCAUGGAGGACCGGUAUGGUGAGAAGGGGAAAGCCAUCAGAAUCGAAAAGGUGAUCUAUACAGGGAAGGAGGGAAAGAGUUCUCGAGGGUGCCCCAUUGCGAAAUGGGUCAUCAGGAGACACAAUGCAGAGGAGAAGCUAUUGUGUCUAGUGCGGCACCGUGCCGGCCACCACUGCCAGAAUGCUGUCAUCAUCAUCUUGAUUCUGGCCUGGGAGGGAAUCCCUCGCUCCUUGGGGGACACCCUGUAUCAGGAGCUCACCGAAACCCUCACAAAAUAUGGAAACCCCACCACUCGACGAUGCGGGCUGAACGAUGACCGGACCUGUGCCUGUCAAGGCAAAGACCCCAACUCUUGUGGUGCUUCUUUCUCUUUUGGUUGCUCCUGGAGCAUGUAUUUCAACGGGUGCAAAUAUGCUCGAAGCAAAACUCCUAGGAAAUUCAGACUAAUCGGAGACAAUCCCAAGGAGGAAGAUGUGCUUAGAAGAAGCUUCCAGGACCUGGCCACAGAAGUUGCCCCACUUUAUAAGAGAUUGGCACCCCAUGCUUAUUUAAAUCAGGUCAACAAUGAAGAUAUAGCAAUAGACUGCCGACUUGGACUGAAAGAGGGGAGGCCCUUCUCUGGGGUGACGGCAUGUAUGGACUUCUGUGCUCAUGCUCAUAAGGAUCAGCAUAAUCUCUACAAUGGGUGCACUGUGGUGUGCACCUUGACAAAAGAAGACAAUCGUACCAUUGGGCAGAUCCCCGAGGAUGAACAGCUGCAUGUCCUUCCACUGUAUAAAAUGUCCCCUACAGAUGAGUUUGGCAGUGAGGAGAAUCAAGCCGCAAAGAUGGGCAGUGGGGCAAUCCAGGUGCUCAGUUCCUUUCCAAGGGAAGUCAGGAAGCUUCCUGAGCCAGCCAAGUCUUGCAGGCAGAGGCAGCUAGAAGCCAGGAAGGCAGCUGCUGAGAAAAAGAGAUUGCAAAAAGAGAAGCUGAUUACACCUGAGAAAAUCAAGCAGGAAGUUCUUGAGAUCCCACCACUCCAGCAGAAUGCAGAUGCAGCCUUGAAAGGUGGAUUCCCGCAGCACUCUGUCAAACCUUCCAUCAAAGUGGAACCUCAGAAUCAUUACAACAAUUUCAAAUACAAUGGCAACGCAGUGGUGGAAAGCUAUUCUGUGCUUGGGAACUGCAGGCCCUCUGACCCGUACAGCAUGAACAGUGUUUACUCUUACCAUUCCUACUAUGCACAACCUAAUCUGCCUUCCAUGAAUGGGUUGCAUUCAAAGUUCUCACUUCCAUCUUUUGGGUACUAUGGAUUUUCCAGCAAUCAUAUGUUCCACUCCCAGUUUCUGAAUUACGGUGAUACAAGGACCUCUCCCUGGCUAAGUAACAGCUACGAGAAAAAGCCUGAUGUUCAAAUGUUGCAAGAUAACUUGAGCCAUGCUUACAGGAAUUCUGAAUUGGUGGAUGAAAUCCCUCCCACAGUACGAAACAAAAGCCACCACCAGCGCACCUAUGAGAGAGCCAGUAAGCAUUCAAGUAAAACAGUGGCUAUGCCCCAGAGGUCUAACUCGGUCCCUGCAGAACUCCUGCCAUUUGCACAGAAUGCAAACUGUUUCAACAACCGAACAAUCAAGCAAGAGCCGGUGGACUCCUUGUCACACAUGGAGCCAGUUCAAAGGGCUGCUUCCGUUAGUGGACAAAAUUCCAGUCUGAAGUCAUCCAAUUUGUCCCUGCCAUCUCAGAAUGGAGGAUCAGAUCAACGGUGGAGCCCUUAUAAAGCCAACAAAAAUGAGUCUUCUUUCAGCAGGACUAAUGACUCUGAGAGCCCUUGGAACAUGUUUUCGCCCAGUGACAACGCUGGUGUUCUCAGUGCAAACACACAGAAUAAAUCGAAUUUGUUCAGCUCCCACUCAAACACUACGAGGUUACCACAGUCCCAUCUACUGGAGAAACAGUGGAACUUGUUUCCUGGGGAGGGGCAGCCGCUGCCACUUGGCCCUGAUGUGUUAGGGAAACCAUGGAGCCCUUGCAAAGCCAAUGAAAAUUCCUUGGCAUUUUCCGGUUCAGCCAAUUCAAACUUUCAGGAGAAACCCUGGAAUCUUGGGCAACUGAACUUUGGUUCCACACAGGGAAACUCAAGGCUUCAAGAGGAGCUUUGGAGUUCUGUCAAGGUGGAUGACAGAACUCCAACACCUGGCACAGGAUUACACAAUAGGCCAUGGAGUUCCUUUGGUUCCUUGUCGACUAUGGCAUCCGGCGUUUGUGCAGAGAAGCCAUUUGCUUCCUUGAAAGCAGAGGGCAGUGCGAUGUUGCCCGGUGCUGGUCACUUUCAAGAAAGGCCCCCUUGGGACCCUUUCAGUUUAGAUGACAGCAUGGAAGAGUCAGCUGACAAGAACAUUAAGGAGGAGGAUGAAGAGGAGGGGGAGGACGAGGAGGAAGUAUGGUCAGAUAGUGAACACAACUUCCUGGAUGAAAACAUUGGCGGGGUGGCAGUGGCUCCAGCCCAUGGAUCUAUCCUCAUUGAAUGCGCCAGGCGGGAGCUGCAUGCCACCACUCCUCUGAAGAAACCCAAUCGGUGUCACCCAACACGUAUCUCUCUGGUUUUCUACCAGCACAAGAACUUGAACCAGCCCAAUCAUGGACUUGCCCUUUGGGAAGCAAAAAUGAAACAGCUGGCAGAGAGAGCUAGGGCGAGGCAAGAGGAGGCAGCUAGGCUUGGGCUUCAACAGGACAUCAAGGCCUUUGGCAAGAAGCGGAAAUGGGGAGGUGGCUUGGUCCCAGAGCCCCAACACAAGGAAAAAAAGGAUUCUGUCCCAACACGGCAGGCCCUGGCCAUUCCAACAAACUCUGCUAUCACUGUGUCCUCUUACGCCUAUACCAAGGUAACUGGACCAUACAGUCGCUGGAUAUGAAAAGAAUACCGCUCACAUAUGGCCAUCUUACCUCAAAGUCUGCAGCACUGGAAGACAGUGCUGGUUUGUGGUGCUUUUUCCUAGCAGAUGUCAGAGAGAAAACAAAUGAAAUCUAGCCAGGUGUGGCAUUUCUGAGAUCUACACUUAGAAAUCAAGUUAAAGAAACUUAUUGCUAUUAACAUAUUUUUCAGUAAUCCAAUAUUUAUAUCUCUGCAUUUUUAAGAAAAAAUCUAUCCUUGUUCAUCACAAGAAUGGAAAGAGAAAUUUAUAGUGUCCUUUCACAAAGGAAAGCUUUUAAAUUCCAUUUCAAAUACAUAUUUAUUGGAUUUUUAACAAAAUAUUAUUACAGUUCUGAGAAGCCGGUUUAAAUGGCAAAAAUAAGCCUUACCCCAAAUUAAACCAUCUAAAAAUCUGUACAGUUCACUUCUGUGCUGGUGGAAAUCUCAACCUUGGAGACCACCCAAAAAUGCAUAUUUCCAAUUGAAAAAAAUAUAUUUUUGGUAAUGAAAUGAGGCAGAUAAUUUGCUGCCUGAAUGUUUCUUACAGAUACAGUAGAUCUUUGCAGGGAAGGAAGAGAUUUGGUAGAGGUGAUCUAGAGAUCCGGUGAAUUUUAUGUAAGCAGUGGGUCUUUGUCACCUUUGAACAGAAACUUCUGUUACUCCUUUUCAGAAUCAUUCACUCCUUAUAAAACCAAGGAACAGAGAGAUAGUUUGCCUGCCCAUUCAAACCCCCUGCACAAAGGAAACCUCAGUCGGGUAUCUGUACCUUUUGUCAGGGACUGAAUAUUAACAUGGAUGUGGCUUAUGCAUGUUGAUUCUUGAAUCACUAUAGGAAAGUAGCGCAAAAUGAUUUUGAACCAAGUUUGCUAGUAAGGUUGUGGCAUUACAAGUAUUUAUGGAAUGAACGUGGAUGUGAACCUACCUCUUUUGACCGUGCUUAGGUGUUUGUUAGCCUAAAGAACAGCGAGAUUUUCAAAUACAAAAGCAAAUAACAACAAGAUAACCCCAAACCAGUUCUGUUUUUCUCCAUCAACAGUUGAAUAAUAGCCCAAUCAGUGAAUCCCAUUAAAUUGAUAUAAAGAAAAAGAGAGAAAGUACAGAGAAAAGGGAAUCAAAGGGAAAAAAGGUGAAUUUGGGUAAUGAGGAGAUAUACAUGUACAAUGUACUCCCUAUCAAGCAACAUUUAAAGUCAUACAACUGAUGCAGAUAAUGUUUCUCUUUGUCUCAUUCUGUGGGAAGAACGCAACAGUCUUGUUUGCCUUCCCACAACUGCAUCUAAUCGAAUCUGUAAACUAAUUCACACAGAAGAGAGAAAAGCUGGGUUGGGCUAUUUCAGACUAUGGUUCAUAUCAGUUUUGUAUCCUUCUGCUCUAAAGCACUAAAAAGAUGUAAAUUAGACUUCGUAAAAACAAUGAACUACUGUAUCUUUUUGAAACCACUCCAAAAAUCUAUAUUACAAAGUCUGAUUGAAUUGUCCUGGGGUAGGGAAGCCAUGACCUGUUUUUAUCAUCUCUGGUGCAGAGUCCAACAGAAAGGAAGGACUCCAUUGUUCUUUUUUUGCACUGCAUUUUCCACUGGUGCAUGCUUACCAAAGGAAAAUGUCCCCUCCUUACAAGUGGACAUUUUCAAAUGCAAAAAUGAAAUCAAUAGCUUCUUGUAAGUUUUUUUUUUUCCUGGUACCAAUUUUGGGUUUUUAACAGAAAAAAAAAUCAACAAUUAUGUGAUGACAAAUUACUGCAACACAGCUGGUGCUUUUAAACCUUUGAAUCACAAUUUUUUAAAAACAACACACCCUUCCCAAUCAAUCAUGCAAGUUAUCUUAGGAAUGCUGAUUUACAUAAGUGGCUAGACCUCUUUGAAGAGAGAAGCUUUGAUUAAUUAAACCAAUAGUAGGGAAAGUCCUCCCUUAAUAAUGGUGAAAUUUACUCCAGUUCAUGUCUCAUACCACCUAAACCACACCAAAACCAGUUUGGGGAUUCUAUUUGAUCAAAAUCAAUUAUAACCCUGAUGGGAAGGAUUGAUUGAUAGAAAUGUAUGGUAAUAGACUGACGAGUGUGAGAGGGACUUUAGGUGUAUAGAUCUUCUCUAAAUUGGGUGAAUUUCACUUGUACCAUAAAUACGUUGAGCUAAAAAGUGAAGUUCUAAUGUACUUAAGGUGCUCCUAUUGAAUCCAUUGUGGAAAUCCUAUAGGAUGUAUGGGACCUUCCAGUCUAGAGACUGCCCCUUUAAAGCAUCUCUGCAACCUGAAAAGGAUGCUGUCUUCAGACUGAGGGUGGCAACUCUAGUGACAGUAGGUAGGCACCUGUUGCCAUCUUUUUCUGCAGGUCGUUCUGCAGAAAAAAUGGAGGUCUGACUCCUUCAGCAGAGCAAAUCUCACUGGCUUUGAGGAGUUUAUGUGUGUGUGUGGUUUCUCAGUAGUGCAGGAGGCCACAAGAGCAAAAACCUGUUAGAGAUUUGAAACUGGAUUAUAACACUCGAUCACCUUCUGCACUUAACAGGUGCCUUUUGAGAAAAAGACAGCUUGCAAAUGAAAACCUGUACAUAGCAUUUGUUUACUAGAAAACCUUCUCAAUCUUGGUGCACCGGCACAGGAAAAACAGGAUCUCUAUACAGCAUCCUGGGCAUUUUAUGUGGUUCUGAUUUUAAACUGUAAAUAGAGAAAGAUUUUUUUAAAAAAGCACUUUCACCGAGAUUUAAAAGAAAAAAAGAUACCCAAUAACUUGAAGAGCAGUAUGUUUUAAAACAGAUUAUUGCGGGAGAAAAUGUAAAUAGAGACAAAAUAUUUAACAUGCUUUGUCCGUCCUUCAUUUAAUUUUUCUAUGUUACUGUAUUCUAUAAAGUUCCUUAUAUUUAGCAAGGAAAAUCAAUGAAUGAUUAUUGAUUUUGUAUAGAUACCCAUAAGCAUAAUGCAGUUGUAAGAAUAAUUCUGUCAGAUUAGAGGUAAUAUUCCUAGGUCACAGGACAAUUGUGAAGGCAAGCACUCAGGGCCCAAUCCUCCACUGGUGUAAAUCAGCCACUGAAUUCCAUGGUGUUCUGUAGAAGGCCCAGCUACAAUGUUUAGCAAAGUCAUGUGGUACAGUCCUAUCCACACUGUACCACUUCAUACAGCAGGUGGAGGGAAAUCACAUUUUAAAAGCUUCCUUACAGUCUAAAAAUAAUCCAAAAAAGCUUUCUGUGUGUAAGAAACAAGUCAAGAUAGCGUUUUAUGCUGUUGUUUUUACAUGCAGGGAGGUUUCUUGUGUUUUCUACAAUGACACCCCUACACACCUUCAGUUAAAACUGGUGACGUCUCAGAAAGCCUCUGCCUGAACACAUAUGCAAAUUCUUCGUUAAAUUUCUAUAUUUCAGUCUAGGCCAAUUUCGUAGUCACUUGUCAUUGACAGAUGAGGGAUGGAUCCCUUAGCCAGUUGCAAUCCCCCCCCCCUCCAAAAAAAGACCUAAAUUUUCCCAAGAAAUGUUAAGUGUUGGGGGAGGGAGGACACUGGGUGUCCUUUUUCUUCUUCUUCUUCUCUGAAUUCUUUGUUGGUGUCUCAUUUGACUUCCCUCUUUGGAAGAUGUUGCAGGGGUGCCUUGGAAGCUUCAUUUAGAUUACUUUAGAGAGCAAGAAAUUGUGAUAUAUGCAGGAAGGGAGCAGCUUUGUUUGGGCGGAUGUGAGUACAUCUGAUCUUUGGAAAUGGUUUUGAUCUUGCAAGCUUUCGUUCGAAUUGCUUUAGAACUGUCCAAUUUUGGCAUAUUAUUGCCCUGGGUUACAACUUUUUGUUCAGUAGAUGGGUACCUUUAAGAUAUUUAGAGAAGGGGAACAUUUUGUAAAGGCAGACUGACGUUUCCUCUUCUCGGGCUCUUAAAGAGCCAGGUGCUAUCUCAGGAGGUGGCAACAGGGUAGGACCUGUGACUGCUUCUGUGUUUGGCCUACGCAUGUUUACAUUAUUUUUUCACAGUAGGAAUAGAGGAAUGAGAAGAACCUAAUUAACAGUCCUGACGUUUUAUUCGUUUCACUUAUAUACAUAUUACACAGGACCAAAUUAUGAGCUCCCUUUACACUGGUGCAAAGCUUAACCGGAGUCACUUAUCUAGAUUGAAAUCAUAGUCAAACACAAAAUCCUCAUGUUUUUCAGCACAGUCUGAAUUUAAGAACUUUGGUCCAAGAACAUACUUUUAAAAACUCUUGUUCUUUGAUCUAUUACUCUGAUCCACGUAUUUAAUAAUUAAAUGGUUUGACCAAAGUGUAGGCAAUCUAUAUACCAUCUGAUCCUGAUGAUGUCAGUAUUAAAUCUAUAGCAAUUGUUGCAAUCCAGUGAGUUUAAUUUUAGACUUACAACAAUAUGUGAAUGCCUUCAAAAGCUGAGACAGUUUCCACAACGCAUGUAUUAUAAACAAUUACAGACAGACCUACCCACACAAAUAAGGCCAUUGAAAGGAAAGUCAAGAUUCUCUCUAUCCCAGAUAAAUUGUUGAUGUCAUAACAAAGAAGACCGCAAUCAGAGGUUGUGUCGCACUACAUAUAUAACCUACCUCAAAUCUGAUUUAUUUGAGAAAUACAGAUCUAUGCAUAGGAUACCUACUUCUACAUGGUUGCCAGAAGUCUGUUUUUAAAUUCUACACUGGCGCCAUUAUUAUUCUGCUUACAUCUGGAUGGGUUCAGUUACUAUGUUGUGGUUAAGGUGUUCAGAAAAUCGUAAUAGUGUGAAGCCGAUAUUAUUUACAACAGUAGUAUCCUAAAAGCUCAAAAGUUGUUCCAGCUGUACUGAAGCCAAUGGGGUGGUGUUGGUACGCUCUGAAAUAUUUACACUUUCACAGCCGUGGUGGCAUAGAUAUGCUGCUUUGAUGGUCACUGUCAAACUGGAGCAACAUCAGUGGGCUUGAUCGUGCUGUGGAUUCCUUAAAAUGAAGCUUGAUGAGCCAUUGUCAGUUUGCCCAUGACCAGUGACCGUGUACUGUUGUUCAGCCUCUUAAGAGCUGCAGGAAGCCCAAGCCAUGCCCUGAGCAUUAUACUGAUCCUUGCAUGUCAACCUAGUUGCAGCUCUUGUCUUUUCUGCUGAUGGGCAAAGGCAAAGUCAUUCUCACAAUUGUAGUGAAGAGUCUCUUAAAACAGAUGCUUUUGGAAGUAGUGACUUGAGGAAAGUUAGUGCAACAUGAAGCACAUGGUGCUAAAACAACAACUGAAUCCAUAAUUCCUUGAAAAAAAUCUUGGAAAGGGCCAUUUUUUCUCCCAAUGGAAGUCAGUAGCAAACAAGUAUGGGUCUCUUGAGGUUACGUCUUUGAAUGGUUUCUUGAGUCGUCAUUUGUAAUGCUUGGCUUGGCUUGGCUUAUGGGACACUGUGGCAUACGCUUCAAUAUCGCUGUGGUCCGGCACUUAAUUUCCUGUUCUGAUUCAGAAAAGGUCUGAUUAAAAUUUAUUAAGAAAAUAUUCCGGGAUCAAAGAGUGAAGGGGACGCUUGACUUCUGAAUUAUUACAUAUUAACUGCACAGGAUCAAAUUAAAUGGAUGGCCAACAUUAGCCUAUGUCCUGUGCACUGGCUAAACUACAAGUUUUUGUUGUGUAAAGGUGUUGUGUUGUGUCCUGUGAGAAGUGGACACAGAAGCUUAGCCCCACUUCUAAAAAGAGAUUAUAUGCCACAAUAGAUCAGUGAACCUCUACUUUUUCAUUCUGUGACAUGACUGUGUUUCAUUUUAAAAAGUAAAGUGAGGAAAAGAAUAAAAUAAGGUGCCUCAUUUGACAAUGUUUAAUUUUGGAGAGUGCUUUGUAGACUAGAAGACAUAUGUUUAUCAACUGAAAUCUUCUGAGGAAAUGGUGCUAUCUUGGUGGACUUCAAAAAAAUAAAGGGAAGGAACUGGCCAGAAUUCAUCCUGCUAAGGUGCUACUGAAUAUGUCAAACCAGAGAACUGUAUACAAUUUACUGAGAAUCUUAAAUAUUUGUACAGAAAGUCUCUGCUCUAGGUAUAUAAUAUACAACUGGAUGAUUCUGAGCUCAUUUACUUGUUUGUAGAUCCAGAGGAGGGAACUCUGGUGAAAAUGACAACUACCUUCCUUCUAAGGGUAGUUCCUCAACCGGUAGAAAUGGAGCUGCAAGGCUCAGGCUCUGGCACUGAAGUUUGUCAUUUUACUCUUCCUCCUGUUCCUGUUGAUCCUUCACUAGACUGACUGGUUGCUGGUAAAGCUCUGUGAGUGGAAAGGGCUUCCAGGAUCCAGCCAUGAAUAGGUCUAUGGAUGAGUAAAAUGGACAGCGGGGAAAAGGCUUUCCUUUAACUUUCUUCCUUCGAGAAGGUGGACAAAAGAAACACAGUGCUACAAAUUGUACUCAUAAUUAACACUUGUGCCAACUUAGCAAGUGUGCAAUGGUGCAACAACUCAUAACCCUGUGUAUUGGUCAUUGUUAUGCAAAAAUGAUGGGUGCUGUCACUCCAAGACAGAGCAGCUAUUUAUAAAAGCAAUGUAGUCGCAAUUUUCUUCAGCUUGCUUGCUUUUAUUGUUAAUGGGUGGGUGGGUUAUGACAGUCCUAUAGGGCCCUAACUUUGCUCUCCUGAUCCGGGGAUUGUACUUAUUGGACCAUAUUUGCAUCUCAUUGUAAACACAGAUUCUAUAGAUGUCAAUACUGAACAUGGGCCCAGCCUGUAGGAAGGCUGGGGUGUGGGUGGGGUGGGGAACAGGAUCUGGCUACACAAAGAUUUGCUAAUCUUUAGUCUACAAUGCCUGCUUCAAUUACACGAUAGCUUUUUUGCUUUAUAUGUCACUAUUUGUGAAUAGGUAUGUCUGAAAGUUUUACAAAAUGCUCUUUUGGUGCUAUUUAUUUUCUCUCUCUUUUUAGUUCACAAGCAUUGUUUGUUAUAAACAUGUAUAGAAGCCAGGGUUUCAUCAUAUAAUAAGCUUGCUGUUAUCACAAUACAUACAGAAAAUACCUCAAAAAACAGAGUAUUGUGGCAACCUGUGAUUCAGUUAUAGCUAAUAAAAUGGAUACCGGUACUAAAAACAAAGGUAUACAUUUUAUUAUUUCAACACUGUACUUGACAUUUUAGAAACUGUAUGGCCUUUUAUACUCUAUUCUUGAGCAACCUCUCACUUUAAAAAAAAUGAAACAUCUGGAAAAUUAAAUUAUACAGAAUGAAGCAAGAGGUGAACUGGGAGCGCUGUGCAUUCAUUUCAAUAAGCCAGGACUCCCUGAAGCACUUCCAAGUACAAUGUGACUGACGUGAUAAAUCAGUUUUAAAAAAUAACAUUUUUAACAAACUAUCAUCAGUUGUUUGGGCAUAUUUUAUUAAAAACCCACAUUUGGCGAGAAUGUUCUCCAAUCAUUUUACGGCAGAUUUUGCAAACAUUCCCAAGGGAAGAACAGCAGGAUCUUGGCUUAAUUUUUUAACUUCUGAGCAAAAAAAUAGAAGGCAUUUUAGAACCUAGUUAGUUUAUUCUCUGAAAUCCUUAUCAGAAUGAAAGCAGAAACAGCUCUAGGUGAAGCUCAAUUGAUUCUUAGGGCACAAUCUGUAGCCGGGGCAAAGAUGACAUUUUUUGUGCUGGAUUUGGUCACAUUGUCAAGCAAAGGACCCAUUUAGUAACCAGGUCCUCAUUUUUCAGCAGAUGAAUUACAAAAAUUAAGAUUAUAAAGGGGACCAUUCCUUCUUUCCUGUGGAAUACCAUGUAGGCCUUACCUGCCUACAAACUAUUACACAGUGAAGAGCUAUAUUCUCAAGUUUCUGUUCUCUAGUUUUGCCUAAGAAUAGUUACACAGAUUGGCCAAAUUCUUCAUCUGUUCCAAAUAUCAGGGAUGUCAUUUUUAUUUGCUUCUCUUUUUCUCUUUUUAAGCACCCAUUGCUUGGAGAUUACUCAUUGCAAUUCCAUCUUUGGAAAAUGUGUAUUGUCUAGUUGGCUUUUGGCAUUUAUUUUUAAUGCAUUUUUGCGUGUAAAACAAAGUAUAGGUAUAAACCUGUAUUAAAAGCAUUUUUUUAAUUUAAGAGAAAAUGAGGAAAAAACAGGUUGGAUUUGACAGAUAAAUUCAGUUUAGUUAAAAGGAGGCUGAAACUUCUCAGUGUAUUUGAUUUCUUGUCUCUUGGAAUUCACAUUUGGAAAACGAGACCUCCAGUGGAGGCCACCUUGUGGACCACACUUGAAGAUUUCUUUGUUGAUUUGUGACUGUGGCUACUUGAAAUGAAGUUUUAUCUGGGGUUGGUUGACAAAUGGUAGAUUUUACAAUGUUUCAAGGCAAUAGGACAUGUGUAUUAAACUGUAGAUAUUCUUAGUACAGUAAAUUUAUGCUGAUAAUUUUAUUUUGUAUAAUUUCCCCCUUUUGUCUGUUUUUUUCUUACACUCUUAUUUUUCCUUCAGCAUCUCAGCAAAUUUAUUUUUAGGAUGCCUAAAAAUUGCAAGUAUGGAUCCUGUUUUUUUAAUUUGUAUUUUAUUAUGUUACACAACCAACUGGUUUGUGAAAUGUAUUAUUCCUGAUAUCUUUAAACUAUUGUGGGUGUUUUAAUAAAUUUUAUAUUUAUUUUUUGCA